GAGUGUUCAGAGUGAGAGUGUGUGUUUCCUCAGGCUGAGGACGAGUGUGUGAUGAGCGUGGAAGAGAUCGAAGGAGCGGCGCAGGUCUGGGCUGAAGGACUCACAGCUCGCUCUGCCGCCAUCGAGAGGAAACACCCGAUUCUCCCUCAGGAAGGAAAGAGAAACGUGCUGCUCACGAGCGCUCUGCCCUACGUCAACAACGUGCCUCACCUGGGGAACAUCAUCGGGUGUGUGCUCAGCGCCGACGUGUUCGCCAGAUAUGGGCGUCUGCGCGGCUGGAAUCUCCUGUUCGUCUGCGGUACGGACGAGUACGGGACGGCCACGGAGAACAAGGCUCGCGAGGAGGGACUGACGCCGCAGGAGAUCUGCGACAAAUACCACACCAUCCAUGCCUCCAUCUACCAGUGGUUCCAGAUCGACUUCGACUUCUUCGGCCGCACCACCACUGAGCGCCAGACUGAAAUCGCUCAGGAUAUUUUCUGGCGUCUCCAUGAGAGGGGUUUCCUGCUGGAGGACACGGUCGAGCAGCUUCGCUGUGAAAGCUGUCAGCGAUUCCUGGCCGAUCGCUUCGUGGAGGGCGUGUGUCCUCACUGCCAUUACCCAGAAGCCCGCGGGGACCAGUGUGACAAAUGUGGCCGUCUCAUCAACGCUGUGGAGCUCAGGAAUCCGCAGUGUAAAGUGUGCAAGGAAACGCCGGUGAUCCGCUCCUCUAAACACCUGUUCCUGGACCUGCCGAAGCUGGAGGGCGAGCUGGAGCAGUGGCUGGAGAAGUCGAUCGGCUCGGGCGAUUGGACGGCGAACGCUCGGCACAUCACGCGCUCGUGGCUCCGGGACGGCCUGAAGCCCCGGUGCAUCACACGAGACCUGCGCUGGGGGACGCCCGUGCCUCACGAGGACUUCAAGGAGAAAGUGUUCUACGUUUGGUUCGACGCUCCUAUUGGCUACCUGUCCAUCACGGCAAACUACACCGACCAAUGGGAGAAAUGGUGGAAGAACCCUCAGCAGGUGGAGCUGUACAACUUCAUGGCGAAGGACAACGUUCCCUUCCACAGUGUCGUCUUCCCUUGUUCACUUCUCGGAGCUCAAGACAACUACACACUGGUCAAUAACCUCAUUGCCACCGAAUACUUGAAUUACGAGGACACCAAGUUCUCCAAGAGCCGUGGUGUGGGUGUGUUCGGUGACAAUGCGAAGGACACGGGCAUCCCGUCUGACGUGUGGCGCUUCUACCUGCUGUUCCUGCGGCCCGAGGCUCAGGACUCCGCCUUCUCAUGGGCCGACAUGGCCAUCAAGAACAACUCUGAGCUGCUCAACAACCUGGGCAACUUCAUUAACAGGGCAGGGAUGUUUGUGAGUAAGUUCUUCGACGGCUGUGUUCCUGAGAUGCUCCUGAAUGAAGACGAUAAGCGUCUCAUCGCUCAGGUGUGCUGGGAGCUCAAGCAGUACAUCUCGCUGCUGGAUAAAGUCAGGAUCCGUGACGCUCUGAAGUGCAUCCUGAACAUCUCUCGUCACGGGAACCAGUACAUGCAGGUUAACGAGCCCUGGAAGAAGAUUAAAGGAGGAGACGACGACAGGCAGCGCGCCGGGACCGUGACGGGGGUGUGUGUGAACGUGGCGUGUCUCCUGUCUGCCGUGCUGGAGCCGUAUAUGCCGACGGUCAGCCACACCAUCCGUGUCCAGCUCCAGGCUCCGCCCACCUGUGCCAGUGCCCAGCUCCAGGGCCCGGGGAGCUUCGUCUGCUCACUGCCGGCCGGGCACCGCAUCGGCACGGUCAGUCCUUUGUUCCAGAAGUUGGAGAACGAACAGAUUGAGGCUCUGAAGAAAAGAUUCGGAGGUCAACAGCCGGAAGAGGAGUGUGUUGAAGCGAAGACGCAGAGUUCCAGCAGCGCUUCAGCCGAGACCAAACCUGGAGCUCCACAGGCUCACACCGACCCCGAGAGAGUCAAACACCUGACGACUCUAGUGGCUGAACAA